AAGUAAACUAAUAACUCAAAUCUGCAUGUCGUUCUUGCAGAUUGCAGAGUAGCACUGGAAGAUCACCCAACUCCCAAUUGUAAUUUUCAGUAAAUAAAUUCCAAUAUAUAUUUUUAGAGGCAAAGGGCAUUGGUUUCCACUAGUUAGUGUAUAUGCAUAUUGCAUGAAUUUCGAGAGUUGUUUUGAAGAAGAAGCUGUCACUAGUUUACACAGCUCUUAAUUGGAAGUGUAGCUGGUUUCUAGAGCAAGCCAGUUUUAGGGUUUGCUGUUGUAGCAGUAGUAGUCGUAGUAGAUGUUGUUGCUGUUGGUGUCAUUCAAAGUUGGCGAGGUUAAGGUAUAGAUGGGGGAUAUGUCCACCUAAACGGGGCCCUUGCGAAGUCAUCAUCGAUUCCAUUGCUAAUCUGGCUUGCAUCCGUCGCAGUGCUGCAUCGAAGCGCGCGCGAGCUCGUUGCGUGGUCGUUAAUUUGCCGUUGUGGGUUUCCAGAUAAUUUUCGUGCGUUGUGCCGGAGUUUUUUCGUUUGCGCUGUAACUGUUGAUUCCAUGGUAUUUGGUCCAGGAUUUGGGCUGCAGUUGCUUCGAUUACGGGGUUAUAGUUAGUGAUUGCUCACCGAUAGGGUAGGGUUUCUGGGGUUUGGCGGGACGAUGUGAAUUGCGGUAGACGUGGUGACAAUUAUGGGAUUGAGAGAGAAGGGGAAGGCGAUUUGGGGGUUUGAGAGGUUAAGGAUACGAGUAAUCGGCGUUAAGAUUCAGUGGGAGGAAGGAGGUAUUCGUGGAGAAUUCGGGCGAAUUGGUGCUCUGUCCAUGAGCGGAGUGUGGAGCUGAAGAAAAGGGAAGACGGAAGUGGGUAGACAGGGAGAGAUGGAACGAAGACGGUAAUGCAUUGUGCACUAUGCAGGAGUUUCAUCGGUGCAGUUAGGUUCACAUUUCUAGAUGAACUUCGGAAUUGAUUUUAAGAUUCAAUGCGUGACUUCGGAUCAGUUUACGACUCAUCGAGUGUGUUACGGGAGUAAUUCUGUAGGUUGUAUUGAUCUUCUCUUUCAGGUAUUUGUUCAGAGGAUUAUAUCAUAACUUUUCCAUUCUCUAAGCUGUGUGCGAUAUCUUCAGAGGAAUUCCACAUUCCUCACAAACGGGAUGGAUAUCGUUAUUUCAGACGAGGAAGUUUCUGACCAACUUAUGGAGUAUUAGAGAGAAAGGAUUCUGCUGGUUCGGAGAGUGAUUUUAUAUCUCUGGGAGUUUUAAAGUGGACAUAAGGUCACUUUUCAACAGAUUCGGGUUAAUGGGGGUGGUGUGUAACAAAGAUGCUUGGACCAAUACUGUUGUUCUUUCGAGCCAUUUGAUCCAGCAAUUAGAGUUCCAAGAAACUGAUGGCAUCACGACCUUAGUCUAUUUGCUAAAUUUCUCUCGAGGACAACUUGAACCCAAAAGCACAGCAGUUUGGUAGAUUGGCUGGCUGGUAGUGGCACCACUAUGAAUAGAUGUCAAGCAGAUGGAGAACAGAUUCCAGGAUACUAGUGCGCAUGUACGGAGUUAUUCUUUGGUAUGGUGUGGAGGUCGAACUCUUGUAGCCUCUCAACUAUUUCCACCAAUCACAAGGACGAUGGCUGUUGGGGAUGAUUGCAUGUCGGGUUUACAUAUUGAUGAAGCUAUUCAAAUAAAUGGAGACUCUUCUCAGAGUGUAACCAACAAACAUGCUCAAGGGGAAGUGAUAGUGCUCAUUCCUGGCCUACCCAACGACCUGGCCCUACAGUGUCUGGCUCGAGUGCCACGGAGGCAUCACUUGAAUUUACGAUGUGUUUGUAAAGAAUGGCGCAAUAUGAUUGCCAGUGAGUAUUACUAUUCUUUGCGAAAGAGAUUGGAGGUAACCGAAGGUUGGAUCUAUGCUUUCAGCCGGGAUUACUUUGAAUGUUUGCAUUGGCACGUACUGGAUCCAGUUACUCGCUUGUGGAAGGAGCUUCCAAGCAUGCCGGUCGACUGCUUGCGCAGAUAUGGUGUCACAUGUUCAGUCGUGCAGAGGGAACUCUAUGUCAUGGGAGGAGGCGGAGGCGGAAACUUUCAUGUUCCUACUCCUGAGGUCUAUAAAUUCGACCCAGUGAAAAAUGAGUGGACAGAGGCUGCUGCAAUGGAAACAGCCCGCUGCUAUAUUGUGAGUGGUGCCCUUAAUGGCCGUCUUUACGCCGUUGGAGGUAUGGGUGUCACCUCUUCGGCUCUUAGGUCAUGGGAAGUCUUCAACCCUCAGACUAAUGAAAGGCUUUUCCGAGAAGAUCCAAACGUUGUGCCUGACCUGGGGGAGUCGCUUGUAAUGGACGGUAAAAUCUAUGUACGACAUGCGAGCGCUCGUUCAGGUUAUAUGGGUUCAUACGCUGCAGUGUUCGAUCCAGUCGAGAGUUCGUGGGCAGCUGUAGAUAACGAAAUGGUGAAAAAGUGGUGCGGUCCUACAGCCGUCACCGGAAAUGAUGUGUACAUGCUUGACCAAUCGUUUGGUAUCAAGCUCAUGGUGUUGGACAAAGAAUCAGGUGAAUGGGAUCGUAUCGGCCGUUUUUCGCCACUUUCUAUCCGGUUGCCUUGCAGAUUGGCCGCUAUAGAGAAAAACCUUUAUGUUGUCGGCCGAGGUUUAAAGACUCUUGUUUUGAAUACUGACAAGGCUAGCACCACCAGCGGGGGAAUAUUAGUGGCGUCAACGAUUAAUGGGUUGCCAGAUUCUGAAGACGUAAUUUUAAGCUGCCAUGUUAUUGAGCUUUGACCCGACUUACAUUAGUCUCACGUAGCCGGACAAAGGCGACCAUGCUAUUUGGUUUCAAGAUUUACUAAUCUCAAACUUGCCUACGUGAAUUGAUUCAAAGUUUCAGAUCAAUCCAACCAUUGCCGUCAUGUGGACAUCUUACGUUGCUCUAGCUCCUGCUUUUUUUUAGCAGAUGAAUUUUCUGGUAUGAUUUUCUCAGGCAAACUCUCAUUUGCAGCAUGGAGCUCUUCUAAUGUAAACUCGUAGGUCUAAAUUCCAUUCAACUUUUUUAUAUAUUUUUUAUUCACUUCAGCAGAGCUCAUAAUUUGCGCCCCAACUAUGUCCAGCAUGGGUGAUACUCUUUCAGUUUUAUGUAAGUAAUGGCUGCGAGUCCUUUCACAGACAAGGGUGCCACAAUUGGCGAGUACAAUCCAGACCCAAAAAAGCUCAACAAGGGAGCUUACAAAAUUAUUUGGAGAUACCAUUUGUAAAAUUUAUGCUUAUUAAACUUUCACAAACAAUUGUGCAUCUGGUUGACACUGUAGUUUCUAUUUUCUUUUUCCCUUCGACUUUUUCAUGCAGUUUACAGGAUAAAAUGAACCGAAGGUCUGGAAGAAGCAACUAGGGUUCAAAAGCUUUGGCUUCUUUAGAGUUGACUCUGGUUUUGGCACUGGAAGAUCAUGAACAAUUGUUUUUCAUACAGAAUCCAUACUUAGAUUAAUAGGAAAGAAAAGACUGUUUAGUGUAGGCAGCUUUGGUCACGAUAAGAUUUUUCUGUGACUACAAUCAAAUAUUGCCGAUUAUCUUUGUA